UCGGACCGUGUGAUUCAGCAUCGCCUUUCUCGGCUCCCUCACUCUUCUUUUUUUGUUCUUUAACCUUUGUUUUUUUUCUUCUUCUUCCAUCAGUCUCUCCAUUUUCUCUGCAUCAUCGUGGUGUUGAUCCAUGUAGCCCAAUCGGGAUGUUGUGAAUAAGAGUGUGAGUGUGUGUGUGUGUGAGUGAGAGAGAGAGAAAGAGAGAGAGAGAGAGAAAGAGAGAGAAAGAGAGAGAGGACCGGGAUCAGCUGGCGCGGAAUGGUAUUUAUGAACAGACAUUUCUUAUACAACUGCAGUGCACCAAUCCUGGAUGUGAAGAUUGCCUUUUGUCAGGUGUGUGUUCCAUACAGGUAAAAGAAAAAGGGUUUUGGUAAACAAGUUGAUGUGUCUUACAUCGCCAAGCAUUACAACAUGAGCAAGAGCAAAGUGGACAACCAGUUCUACAGCGUGGAAGUCGGAGACUCCACCUUCACGGUUCUGAAACGGUACCAGAACCUCAAGCCCAUUGGUUCUGGGGCUCAGGGAAUAGUGUGUGCUGGAUAUGAUGCUGUUCUGGACAGAAAUGUGGCUAUAAAGAAGCUCAGCAGACCUUUCCAGAACCAGACCCAUGCCAAGCGCGCUUACAGGGAGCUGGUGCUCAUGAAGUGCGUCAAUCACAAAAACAUCAUCAGCUUAUUAAAUGUUUUUACACCACAGAAAUCUUUAGAGGAAUUCCAGGAUGUGUACCUGGUGAUGGAGCUGAUGGAUGCUAACCUGUGCCAGGUGAUUCAGAUGGAGUUGGACCAUGAGAGGAUGUCUUACCUGCUCUACCAGAUGCUCUGUGGCAUCAAACACUUACACUCAGCCGGCAUCAUCCACAGGGAUUUGAAACCUAGCAAUAUCGUGGUGAAGUCGGACUGCACGCUGAAGAUUCUGGACUUUGGGUUGGCGAGGACCGCCGGGACCAGCUUCAUGAUGACUCCGUAUGUGGUGACGCGGUACUACAGAGCUCCGGAGGUCAUUCUGGGCAUGGGCUAUAAAGAGAACGUGGAUAUUUGGUCAGUCGGUUGCAUUAUGGGUGAAAUGGUACGCCACAAAAUCCUCUUCCCCGGCCGAGACUAUAUUGAUCAGUGGAAUAAGGUGAUCGAGCAGCUCGGCACGCCAUCACCAGAGUUCAUGAAGAAGCUCCAGCCCACAGUGAGGAACUACGUGGAGAACCGACCUAAAUACGCCGGCCUCACUUUCCCCAAGCUGUUCCCUGACUGCCUGUUUCCUGCAGACUCUGAGCACAACAAACUCAAAGCGAGUCAGGCCAGAGAUCUGCUGUCUAAAAUGCUGAUCAUCGAUCCCGCCAAGCGGAUAUCAGUGGACGAGGCCCUGCAGCACCCCUACAUCAACGUUUGGUACGAUCCGUCUGAGGUGGAGGCGGCCAAAGAUCUUCAGAUAUCCAUGCCUCCUCCUCAGAUCUACGACAAGCAGCUGGAUGAGAGAGAACACUCCAUCGAAGAGUGGAAAGAGCUGAUCUAUAAAGAAGUGAUGAACUUUGAGGAGCGAACGAAGAACGGCGUGGUGAAGGGACAGCCUUCUCCUUCAGGUGCAGCCGUGAACAGCAGCGAAAGCCUCCCUCCGUCCUCGUCCGUCAACGACAUCUCGUCCAUGAGCACCGACCAGACCCUGGCCUCCGACACGGACAGCAGCCUGGAGACCUCGGCCGGGCCGCUCGGCUGCUGCAGGUGACUAACCGCCUGCCUGCGCAACCCCGCCUUCUUCAGGAGGUGAUCUGAAUGAUUUCACGCACCAAAAAAAGAAAGAAAAAAACCCCGAAAAUAAAACGUCUAUCCAAACGCCUAUCCUAUCCGAUCCACUACUCUGCAAAAAAAAAAAAAAAAAAAGAAGUUGCUCAAAUAUUCUCAUUGUAAUCCACAGAUUGGAUUCUGUUAUCGAAACGAUAAAUUUAGGAAUAACGGGAAAAUAAAUAAUAAAGCCUGCAUUAUUAUUCAAAGCAAACUAAGAAAAUGGAAAAAAAAAAGAUGCUCAUGUAUGUGUAUAUUAAUGACUCUCUCACUAGUUGCUUUGCUUUAUACUCCCUUCAUAUGGCAUCUGAUAAUGAAAAAAACCCCAAAAACAAAUAAUAUAAUGCUUACCGAGGCAUCUCUGUGAAGUGUACAUUAAUACGUUAAUCUGGAUGAUCCCGAGUAAACCGCAAGCUUUCUGUGCUUCUUCAGUCGAUGUGGCAAGGUGGGCUUUUGUGUUUCUCGCUACUCAAAUAUAUACAUAUGAAUAUCACUCCCCACCCCCACCCCCCACCCGUUAUACGGCGGAUUUGUCUGUUUCUGAACCUCUUAAUAAACGCCAAAAUUUGACCCGAAGACGAUGUGUUUUUCUGGAUGUGAACGUAAAAAAAAAACAAAAAACCCCUCUAUCUCUUGUAUAUAUGUAAUUCUGUACAGCUGCAAGGCAUGAAUGGGACUGACGGCCAGUAUCGGGAGUUGUCUUGCGCACCUUGCCACAUCACCGCUUUGACCUUUAGUUGCCCUUGCCUGUAGUCUUCUUGCAUGACCAGAGAAAAAAAAAAUUAACGCUUAUAAAUAUAAACAUAACUCAGUAUAUUUGUAUACCAUGUAAGGAAAUGAAAUCUGCUGGGAGCUGCGAGGCGAACGGAAGGGUUUUACGCUGGCGAAGUGGUCGUGUGUAUGUGUGUGUGUGUGUCCUUGUGUUCUGCAAGAAGCCAUUGUGAGGGAACAAGUACUGUCACUCAUUAACCUCCAUCAGGGUUGCCGGGAUUGCAGGAUUGCAUUUUCGCACCAAAUCGUGCUUGUUUUAGUUUUGGGACAAGAUUGCGAGCACGAUAUCACCGCAAACACUGGUGAUCGCAGGCAAACAAAGGGAAUGUGCAAGUGCGGAGAGAGUAUCAGCAUAUCUACGAUGUACAGAACCAUUUCUGUUGUAGAUCUAUCGGAAAUAUUAGAAGGGAAAGAGCGAUUCAUUUGUUUUUGCGAAUUGCAGAUACUGCAAAGAAAUGCACGCAGACCACUGGGCAAAGACUGAACUUUUUUUGGGGGGGAGGGCAGUGUUGUACUGGAUGUGCUGGAAAUCUUGACCUGGCAACCCUGACCUCCAUCUUGAUUUUCUUUUGGGUGUUUUUUUUUUUUUUUUUAACAGUUUCUUAGUUUCUACACAUGCAUACUCUAUAUUUCCUCAGAGCGUGUUGAGUGCACUAUGAGCAUGCAUGUGCUGAGAUCAUAAUACAUCCACUGUUUCACCUUACUCGCUGCUUUGCAUGACAUCCCCUGACCUCUGACACCGCCGAUCUGUUCUCUUACAAGCUGUUGCAUGUUCAGGAAAGGGCUCUAUCCCAUCCCCCCCCCCCCCGCCCAAUCUUGCAACUUCAAAGUGAGCUCUGUGUCAACAAUACCUCAUUCUCUUAACUUUGCGUUCGGAUCGUUUCGUUUUUGCGUUCCUGGUGCACGUCCAUCUGACUAGCCGUCUUUGCGUUUUUGACAUUUCGUCGUCUGAAUGGAAUCCAAACGGACUUACUACCUAAAGAGGAGGAAUCCGGAAGAAGUGGGCUUUAUUUAUUGAACGCAUGCGUUUGCCUGAAUUCGGGUAGUGCCUUUGAAAUAAUGCAGUUUCCUCUUAUUUAUCAAAAAUAAUUCCAAGAGCAGUGAAGCGUGGAGGGAGAUCAGGCGAGGUUGCACAGGCAGUGGCUCUGUCACAAUUUGAACAUUGCAGGUAAUUCAGAGUUGUCGUACGUUGACGGUGCCUGGUUUGUCGGGUCUCUUCCUUCUUCUAACCUCCUUGUCUAAGUAUGCACAUAAUCACCAGAUCUCAAAAACCAUCUCCUUCCCUGUCCUAUGAGAAAAAAAAAGAAAAAAAAAAGAAUGAACCCUGACAUAUAAUUGUUGCAUUUCUAAAUAAUGUAUUGUAAAUGAAACCUCAACCUUUACUCACGCGCCUGAUGUUUUUUUCUUUUUCUUUUCCAGUUAUAGGUUAAUGAUAAGCCUUAUUCAAUAAAUGUCAUGAAGUACACAGUAAAAAAUGGAUCAUAAUAAUUUUUUGUUUUGUACCUUUACUUGUCUGAUUUGACCUGUGUACCAAAUCAUUUUAAUAAAGGAAUGAAACGCACAUAUUUUUUUUGUUUGCUUAUACAGAUUGUUAAAUUAAAUAGAGCCAUUUAUGAUUCCUAAUAGUGGUCAUUUAAAAAAAAAAAAAAAAAAGGACGUUCUGCAAUUUACACGGCAUUUAACAUUCCUGUGCCACAUAGUACAAUUGCAUUUUGUACUGGCCCUGCUGGUGACAACCCUACUUAAUAAAAAUAAUGCAUGGCCAAAACUUAGUAAUGUGUGGGAAUUAUAUUAUUAAAUCGUAAACAUGACGUAGUAAGGAAAGGGAAUGAGAUAAUUAUC